ACAUCCUGUUUUUCACUGCUGCUUGGUGUGUGUUUACCCCUUGUCUGGGGCCUCACCUCCUUCCCUGAGAGAAGAAAACUGGGGCGCAUGGAAGACUCUGUGAAUCUGACCUGCCACACAGACUUCAAGGGUCAGCUGACCUGGAAGCACAAUGGAAAGGUUUUGCCUAAGACUGAAUAUGCUGAGAUGAGGGGGCAUGACCUGAUCCUGCAUGAACUGGGCACACCUGAUGCUGGGGACUACAGCUGCUGGGGGGGUGGGGAGAAACUGGACCACACCUACCUGCUGCUGCAGGUGGAGCAUAAUGAAGUGGAGGAAGAUCUCUCCUGUUUGACUCAGACGUACAGCUGUUCCUUCACCUGCCACUGGUCUCUAAAGGACUUCACUGUAGCCCGACUCCAAUACCAUCGUGAUGGUCAGGAUCCAGGCCGCUGGAAGUAUGCCGAUCACUCCACCAGCAGGGAGAAUGUAUUUGUGUUUGACGACCUGUCCCUCUCCAACUCCCCGUUCACUGAGGAGAGCUCCCCCAUCGUGGUGACCGCCGAGGCUGUCAGUGACUCACUCUACCUGAAAAGGACGCACCGUUUCUACCUUCGCAACAUUGUUCAGCCAGACCCCCCGCAGUCGGUGCUGUGUGAGCGGAACGGGCAGAAACUCACAGUCACGGUGGAGCCCCCUUCCAGUUGGGCUGAACCCCUCAGCUACUUCCCUCUGGAGCAUCAGAUUGAGUACAUGUACAAGGACAAUGGCGAGACAAAGCUUUCCGACAACACCAUGAUCCCACGUGGCAUCAGCAAGCUUCGUGCCCGCUCUCGUGACCCCCUGGUGGAAUCCGCUUGGAGCGAGUGGAGCCCCUGGAAAAAUGUAACCAACUGACCUCCCUCCGUCAUUCACCCUCCCUAACUCCUUCCUUCAUGUCCUGAGUCACUCUUUCCCUUGAGUCCA